GCCUUUUCCAGGGCCGGAUCGUGGCUAGCCCAGCCUCCCGCCAGCCUAACUCUGCCGGGCCUCAUGGAUUCACAACCCAGCUGCGUGGUGGUGACCGGUUUUGGGCCCUUCCGGCAGCACCUGGUGAAUUCCAGCUGGGAAGCAGUAAAGGAACUCUCCAAGAUGGGCUUAGGGGUGGAUGCUAACAUAGAACUGCGAAUCCUGCAGCUGCCUGUGGAUUACAGGGAGGUGAAACGGAGGCUCGCCACAAUCUGGGAAGAUUUUCAACCACAGUGAUCUGGUGUCCCAGGACUUCUGAUAUAGGUGUCCACACAGCUCGCUGUGCACGUGGGCAUGGACUCGUCCACCAAGGCUGUCUUUCUGGAGCAGUGUGGCAAGAACCGAGGCUAUCGGGAUACAGACGUAAGAGGCUUCCGGCCAGAUGGUGGAGUGUGCCUUCCAGGUGGCCCCGAAGUGAUGCUGUCUGUUGUCAGCAUGAAGGACGUCUGCCGGCGGGUUGCUGUUGAGGAUGUGGAGGUGGCCUUUUCCCGAGAUGCGGGCAGGUACAUCUGUGAUUACACCUAUUACCUGUCUCUGCACUUCGGAUGCGGGCACGCAGCGCUCAUCCAUGUCCCGCCUCUGUCCCAUUGGCUCCCAGCCAGCCUUCUGGGCAAAACCUUGCGAGUCAUCAUCCGAGAAAUGCUGGAAGAGAGCGGGGAGGUCCAGACUCGGAGUGCAGCAGCUCCAGGGAAGCAGCAGUGGGACGCCGCCUCCUUCAGAUGAAGUGUUUCAAGCCUGGGUGGGAGGGCCAACUGUGCUUGUGAGAGGCUCCAGGGAGGUGCCUCGUGAGACAGUUACAACGGCUAGGGGUCAG